GCCCACAGCUCAUUCCUUCCGCCUCUCUCUUCUAUCCGUUCUCCUCUUUCUUUCUUUACCGAACAGACAGAGACUCAGUAUGGGAGAGAACUCAGAGACGACUCAGUCGAGACGGAGACGACAUCGAACCCUUGACCAUUCCAGGCGCCCCGGUGAUCCCACCCCGACCCAACGCCGGCGCCACUGUGAUCUCACCCCGACGGUCGUGGCCCUCCCGUACCCUCUGAAGGCUGAAGCACAUAAGACUCCUGACUCCGUCCCUCUAGUCUCGCUCACGCUCCGACGCUCCUCCAGCUCUCGCUGCUCUCCAAUCCGAGUCUCCGACGUAAUUGCCCGAUUGAGUUCUCGAUUGUCAGCUGAGCCCUAACCCGGUUGAGUUCCUCUAUAUUCUCAGUCCGUGUCCGAUUGCACAGUCGAUUGAAGUUCGUCCGCCUCCAGCCCUUGUCCACGGCAUGUAUAAAGGUUGCUCAAGCUAUUUCUGCACGGCCGGAUUUGAUACCUCCUGAAUAUCUGGACGAACUGUCGCUGUUGCAAGAUAAAAUAGCUCCAUUUUCUACUGAGGUUGCUUUCAAUUCAAUAGAAAAGGAACUUAACUUGCCUAUUGAUGAGUUAUUUGCGAAGAUUUCGCCAGAGCCUAUAGCAGCCGCAUCCCUUGGACAGAAAGAAAGCAGCAACGACAAACAGUGGCGAGGGAGAAAGAAAGUAAGAAAGAGAAAAAGUGGCGAGGGAGAUUCUUGCGUGAUUGCGUCUUCCACGUAAAAGGAGUAGAUUUUCGGCAAACAUCGAUGGGGGCAUAAAAGGAGAACAAUUCUGUCGUCCUACUUCAUUCUCCUAGCAUACACGAUUUUCUGGCAGAGCGAGUCCCAACCCAUCCCGUCUGUCUGUUUACUGGCAACAAGAAAGGAAAAGAGAGGAAACUAAAGGACUGGUACUGCUAUGGCGUCUGACGAGCAUCCUAACUAUAAAUAUUAUGGUAGAUAUUGGGGAGCUCAUUUCAGGCACAAGAAGAGACGGCAAAGUGGCAAUUCCAGCGGGAUGAAUGUGAACAAUUCGCAGCAGCACCAGCAGCAGGUAGAUGGAAGCCACAAUGUACUGUCGUCCUCAUCCUCUGACGAUCCAGCGAUAGGCCACGAGUAUGAAGUCUUCCUGAGUUUCAGGGGGGCUGAAAUCCGGAAGUCCUUCACGGACUACCUCUACCAUAGCCUCAUCGACGCAGGAAUUCGCACAUUCAGGGACAACGAGGAGCUUCAUGUAGGGGAGGAGAUCGGCCCCAAGCUCAUGAAAUCAAUCAAGCAGUCAAAGAUCGGGAUCCCUAUCUUCUCCGCAUAUUAUGCAUCAAGCAAGUGGUGCCUGAUGGAGGUGGCGGAAAUGGUGAAGUCCAUGAAGGAUAGCAAGCAGCUGAUCAUGCCAAUAUUCCUGGAUGUAACGCUGGAUGCUGUCCAACACCAGACGGGGAGUUAUGCUAAACCCUUCUCUCGGCACGAGAAGAAGGUUGGUCAGGAGAAGGUCCGAGCAUGGAGGGAUGCGCUGAAGGAAGUUGUGAAGCGGAAGGGUCUGGAACUGGAUAGAUUGGCAAACGGUGAUUGUCCUUACCGGCCAUGGUAGCUCUGGGCGUUCCGGACCUUGUUCUAUUGCACAUGCGAAGCCCGUGACCGGAGUUGCUGUUAUUGCUCUGUCUGGAAGUCGGUGAGCCAAAAUGGGGUGCUGACACACAUGUAAAGGAGAAUUGUGCAUUUAAUGAGGGACAUUGAUAGGGAAAAGUAUAAAUUAAUUUGAAUAAAUGAACUAACAUGAUUAGUAUAAUCAGUACUGGUAAUUUAGACGUAACUAAUACUUUUCAAAGUGUAUUUUUAUAAAUUUUAUGGAAUUUUACUUUUCAUUCAAAACAACACAUCAUCUUAAGUUUAUGUUUACUAUGUUCACAUUUUAUUCAAAAAGUUAUUACUAUGUAAUGGAGCCGAAAUUGCAUGAGUGGACAAAUAUCUAUUAAAGUACUA